CUCCGCUCACUCGCAAUAAUUUUUUUCUUCAGGCUUCAGCUGGGCUAGGCGGAACUAUGGAACUAGAGCAGACUUCUAGGUGCCUGGAGCCUGGAGCCUGGAGAGCCUGGCGACUUCUCUCGGAAGCUGCGGCCUGCAGCCGCCAUGCCCCGUUGAGCAUAACUAAGGUAUAUGUACAUAAGGCAGAACGGAGAACGGAGAACAUGCACGAAUUCUGGACCAGGUUCAAGUUGGAGAUGUCACUACCAUCCCACCACCAUCCCCACUACAUACCAUACGGUACCUAGAUAUGCUAGUAGAGGGGCCAGAUUCCUCAAAGACUGACGUCGUUGGGGGCCAGCUUGGGCCGGGGUGAGAGAUCUCCGCCUCAUGUCAUGUCCGACACUCCGAGGGCGCCAUGUCCGAGGGCGCAUGCUGGCUGCUGCUCCUGCUGCUGAGAGGGGGAUCUAGAAACCGAUUGGCGUGGCGUGGCGGGGUCGAGAACUCGAGGAGGGGUCGGAGAGGGGCGGGGGGAUUUUUUUGUGCAGCUUCUUGCCUGCCUGUCUGCCCGAUGGGUGAUGGACGUGAGAGCUUAGAUGGACGUGAGCCUAGAGGGAUGGUGGAGAGGGAUGGCGGAGAGAGAUGGUCGAGAGGGGAGAUGUAGUCUCUACAUACGCGAGGCGGGCUCGUGGUUAUGUACCGGUAGCGGCCUGUACCUACCGGUAUACAUACGCUG